AUGUCUUCAGCUGCAAUUACGGUUAGUCUCGAAGACUUGAAAAAUGGCUAUGUCACUUUUCAAACCUUGGAGAAGGCAUUUGGGCCAGAUUCUCUAGGUAUUAUUAUAGUCAAGGACGUUCCGGAAGAAUUCGCACAGUUGAGGCAUCGCCUGUUGACUUACUCCUCCUAUCUUGGAAAUCUCCCAGAAUUCCGCCUAGCAAAAAUUGAAAACCCCGGCUCUAAGUAUCUUACUGGUUGGUCACGCGGCAAAGAGACACUCAAGAACGGGCAAGUCGAUUUCUUGAAAGGAAGCUUUUAUGCAAAUUGCGCAUUCUAUGUCGAUCCAAGCCUUGAUUGUGCUGUUCCAACGGAUGAUUUCUCGCCUGAUAACUUUCCAGAAUAUCUUUCCCCAAAUCUGUGGCCGGGUGAUACCACAAUUCCAGGGUUCAAAGAGACUUUCGAGGAUCUGUGCAGAUUAAUCAUCGACACCGGCGUUCUCGUUGCGAAGGCUUGUGAUAAGUAUGCUGAACAGGAGAUUGAGGGUUACCAAAAGGGAUACUUAGAGCACGUUGUUAAGACUAGUACGACUACCAAAGCACGAUUGCUUCAUUACUUUCCAGCGGAGUUCACGAAAGAAAAUGCAGGAGAACUGAACGACGAUGACUGGUGUGCUACGCAUGUUGACCAUGGCUGUUUGACCGGAUUGACUUCCGCAAUGUUUAUCAACGAGACCAGGCAGGUCCCUGCUAUUCCCAUGGGUUACGCUUAUAAUCCGCGCUUUCUUCCCACCCUUGCAGAGCUACCCACUUCGCCAGAUCCUACAGCAGGUCUAUACAUACAUUCCCGCUCAGGUCAGACAGUUCAGGUUAAGAUCCCGCGUGAUUGUAUCGCUUUCCAGACAGGCGAAGCACUUGAACGUAUCACGAAAGGAAAGUUUAAGGCAGUUCCGCACUAUGUCAGGGGAGUGAGACCGGGAAUUGCAGACGGUGAGAAUCAAGGGGGCAAGAUUGCUAGAAACACGUUGGCGGUAUUCACGCAGCCUAACCUGGACGAGAUUGUUGAUUCGGAGCAGGGUAUUACUUUUGGAGAGUUCGCUAGGGGUGUUGUCGAGAAGAAUACUACGAAGUGA